AUGUGGAAGAUGUUGCCUCCGUUGCAGCAGCUGCUGCUACUGCUGCUGCUUGGACCGCUACCGCCUUGCGACGCCGACGGAGUCCCGCUCACUCAGUGGUGCACGCCACCCGCAGAUGGUACCAUCCACAAAUACCAGGCGAUCCCGUUGAAUGGCAGUCAUGCUUUAAACUUCAGCCGAUUUAUCGGGAAAACCGUUCUCUUCGUUAACGUGGCCACAUACUGAGGUUACACCUUUCAGUACCCAGAGUUGAAUGCACUACAAGAAGAGAUGAACAUCCACGGUCUCACUAUUCUCGGCUUUCCUUGCAAUCAGUUUGGGAAACAAGAACCGGGGAACAAACAUGAAAUCUUGCCUGCUUUGAAGCAUGUCAGACCCGGUAACAACUUUGUUCCCAACUUUAUGCUGUUUGAGAAAGGUGAUGUGAACGGGAAGGAUGAACAAGAGGUCUAUACCUUCCUCAAGAGUUCCUGUCCCCCGGUCUCAGACACCUUUGGUAACCCGACCAACAGACUAUUCUGGGAACCACUAAAAGUCAAUGACAUCAAGUGGAACUUUGAGAAGUUCCUGGUGGGCCCAGAUGGAAAACCUGUGAUGAGAUGGCACCCGUCUGUCAAUGUUUCCAAGGUGCGAGCUGAUAUUCACAAAUACCUGCUCCAACGUUACACAGAAGAGGUUUUCAACUAG